AACGCGUACGCAUUAGCAAGUUCUAAAAUAAAAUUUCGUAAUGCGCGAGUUUUGGGUAUUGCUAUCGCUGGUUUUGUUUUGCUUAGGCAAAGCACAGAGAUUAAAAAGACCAGCUGUGGCGCCCACGCCGCCAAGCCGUGCUACAUUUAAUUUUCCCUUGGAGCAGGAUAUAUAUUUUCCAAGCCAAAGAAAAGGCAAUGCACAUUAUAGAAUACAUGACUUUGAAUACAACACGCAACAGUCGCUGCCACAACCAAAACCAGUGCCAGAUCUAAGCAAACGCCGUCAGCAUUGGGCGGGGCAACCAUUUCCGCCACCACCUGGUGGUGAAGUUCGUCAUCGCCACAACAAUCGCAACAAGCAGCAAAGGCGCCUAUGUGAGCGCAAGUACUCCGAGUAUGUGGAGCGCAUAUUUUCAAACGAUACGGCCGUAACAGCUGACGCCAACGAUGAAGAUUUCGACGGACGCGUGCUGGCGCGACCCGGUGAAUACCCUCAUAUGGCUGCCUUGGGCUUUGAGCUCAGCUCUGGGCAAAUCGAAUACAAGUGCGGCGGCAGUUUGAUAAGUGAGAGUUUUGUUUUGACUGCUGCGCAUUGCACAUUAGACGAAGGCUUAUCUCCAAGAUGGGUACGCAUUGGUGGGCUGAAUCUCAAGGUUGAAGAGUCUACUGUGCAGCCACAGGAUAUGGAAGUUAUGAGCAUUAUAAAUCAUCCAGACUAUAUCGAAGAGCUGUACUAUCAUGAUAUAGCGCUUAUAAGAUUAGUGCGCAAUGUAGCCUUUACAGAAUUUGUGCGUCCUAUACGUCUGUGGUCACAUGCAGACUUGCCCACAUCCAUUGCCUUUGCCAUGGGAUAUGGCGCCACUAGCUUUGGCAGAGGCAUGACUAAUCGUUUAACGCACUUAAAUGUUUCCUUAGUGCCCAAUGCUGACUGCAAUGCUGAGCUGCCCGCGUUCGACGAAACACCCAAUGGGAUUGUGGACAGCCAAAUCUGUGCGCAGGAUUUUGUGCUCAGUCGCGACACCUGCCAGGGUGAUUCAGGCGGUCCGCUGCAGAUGAAUUUACCUGGACGUCGACGUCGUCAAGUUAUGCAUUAUCAUCUGAUUGGCAUUACCUCCUACGGCGUCUUCUGCCGCAGCAGCUAUCCAAGUGUCUACACGCGUGUUUAUAACUAUUUGGACUGGAUUGAGCAGGAGACCUGGGGACGUGCAUGAAUAUGAAUUUAGUAACUAAACAUUAAAACAUUAAAUAGAUUUUAGUUAACAAUUGUCUUAUAUACUGGGCACAACAUUAAAUAUUACUAAAUAUAUAUAAA